ACUGUUCUCAGGUUUGAACGUAAAGCGGUUCUUCAGUAUGGCCCUUCUCAGUAUUGUUCAUUGGUUCUGUAAUCGAAGACUUCACAUUGUUUGCUUCUACGGCUAUUAAGUAAUCUUCAGAAGCUAUCUACAUGGUGAUAAGUUGUUGAGGUAAUCUCCAUCUGUAAAGAUGGUCUUUUCGGGGACUGUGAGGUGGAAUGUUAAUAGUGACACUGUACAUAAAGAUCCAAAAUGAAUGCAACAGGAAAAAAUGGGCCGGUGUUUAUCAAGACGUACAGUAAACGAAUGCGAAAGGUGGAGCCUUGGUUCUCCCCUGACCUGAAGAAAGCAGCUUUCUCUUUUUCAAGCACCCCCUCAUCAGAUCAGUCCAUAUCAGAAAUCACACAUCCCAAGAAACGGAGAGUAAGAGAACCAGGCUCCCGUGCUGCAAAGAGCAAAGGCAUGGCUGCCGUAAAGGAGAAAGAGAGUGAUGAGGAAAACUACAGGCCGUCUGUAUCAUCCAGAAAAAAGGCAAAUGCAAAACCGUCAGUAAGGACAACAGCUGCGAGAACUCAAACAACAAAGGCAAAACGAAAUAAACAAUUAAUCGUUUUCAGUAGCAGUGAAUAUGAGGAUGACGCCUUGAUGAUGAAGAAUGAAGUCCGUUCUAAAACAUCUGCUGAUGAAUGUGCUGGUUCCAAGAAGGUAUUAGACCCUCCCCAUUUGGGGAGAUUUGUUACACAACGCAAAAGACCACUGGCAACUAUCCAAACUAAGAGGAUAUCUGUUGUUCUUCACCGCACACUAGAUUCCUCAGAUGAGUUCCUCCCUUCAUUCUCCAAAAAUAAGCGUGUUGCAAGCAGAAGGCCAUCUGACAUGGAUAUACAUGACUCAAAGAAUCAAGCUGCUCUCAAGAACCGCAAACGCUCACACAAAUGUGUGGCUCUGGCUGAGGUCUCUUUCAAUGAUAGCGAUGACCAGCAGCUCCCAAGUAAACGUCCCCUGCUAUCAAGCACCCCUUCCCUUGUCUGCAGACAGCUCAAAAACUUACCAGAGCCCUCCAUCAGUGAGAUCUCCUCCCUUAGCUUUGAUGAAAUGCACCAACCUACAGAAAACAACAACAGCCUUCAUAGUUUGAAGAGUGUCAGAGUUUGUGAGCACACAGCACAGGAGAAGACAAGUCAACAGCUCCCAAACCCAGGCAUCUCUUCUGGAGAGAGAGUGAUGGAGCGGAUGGAGGGAGAAGAGGAAGCGGUUGUGGAAGAACGAACCGGGGAUGGAGAGAGGGAUCAGGUAAAAGAAGGAUGUGCAGAGGCCAUGCCUGCACAGCCAAGCACAAGUUUUGGAUGUGUGUCACCACAGUCACACACAAAAUCUUUAACAGAUGAGCUAAAAAAGAGGUGUCGCACAGUGGAUGUAACCAUUAAGCUCAAAAAAACAGAUGUCUCAGACAUGGUACAAAGCUUCAGCAGGAAAGGGGAAGAGAAGAUUGCUUCAGUUUGUUUGGAGUCCUCUGUGGCAGCAACCACUCAGAACAGCAAAACCUAUGUAACCUUAUCAUCCAGCUUCUCUUCAAUUUCCAAAUCAUCACUCUAUAUCUCCUCCUCAAGUUCUCUUUCCACUUCCCCUUUUCCUGGAGCAGUUUGCUCAAACCAGUCCCUCACUGGGCGUCUUAAAGCUGAAUGUCUGUUAUCUUCCCUUGCUGUCAGAAUUCCACGUCUUGACUUGGGUGCAUAUCCUUCUGUCCACCAGGGGCCAACAAAAGCACCCUGCUCCGAGUCCCCAUACACCUGUCACAGGGAAAGUGCCACCUCUCCACCUUAUAAGGAGACAGGGAAUAUUAUCCUAAACAGUCUAGUAAAUAAUAGGACUCCCCGUAAUGCUGAAGCAGUUGUUCAAAAUUUGUCAGCAUCCUUCCAGCUACCUCCGGUCUCUCCACCUUCCUCUGCAGCUCCUAGCAAAACACGACCACCUGCUGUGCCUAAAGAACGCACAGGUGCUGGUUCUGGCACCGGUCGUAAAGUUUGCGUGAGUGGACUUAAUGUCAGCCGCUGGUCAAAGAGGGGUACUGGAGAAUUCAAUGGAAAGCGCAAGAGAAAGGAAGGAAGAAAAAAAGCUGUAUCAGGAGACUACAGUUCCUGUGGCAGCAUGUUGUCUGCUGGAGCUGACACUUGUGCAGGGGACUCAACAUGGGGCUGGCAGCAGGGCACCAGUGGGAUUGGUCUGGCUGUGACACCUCUCAGAAUGGAGCAAAUGAAUCUGUCUUCCAUCCUGGCCAACUUCACUCCUGACACAAUCACAACACACUCCUGGGGCCGACUAAAGGCAGCACUGUCCCUGCAUAAGAAGAAAACUGCAUUCCCCACCCCUCGACGCCUGGUUCAGUCUCAUUUGAAGUCCCCGGGCUCUAGGUUUCCAGCUGAAAACAGUCUAGACUUGUUUGGUUCCCCUGUCUGCACACCAUCCAGAUUCACACCUUCACGUAUGCUCCGGUCCACCAUGAACACCCCCAUGAUUUCAUAUGAUGAAGAUAUAAGUGAUGCAGAAAAAGUGUAUCAGGAAUGUCAGCAGAGCGGCCCACUUUCCUUCAGUGACUGCAUCCCUCCAUCUCGCAUGAAACACUGCAACAAGAUCGGAGAAGGGACGUUUGGAGAGGUCUUCUCAACCAUAAAUGAGUCCAACGAGACUGUUGCUCUCAAAAUCAUCCCAGUAGAAGGUAGUCAGCAGGUCAAUGGUGAACACCAGAAAACAUUUGGCGAAAUCCUCCAUGAAAUCAUCAUUUCCAAGGAGCUGAGCAGCCUUAACACGAAGGAGUUUAACAAGACAGAUGGUUUCAUUGGGCUCAACAAUCUACAUUGUGUUCGUGGAUGCUAUCCGGAAGCUCUGCUCAAAGCCUGGGACAAGUUUGACCGCCUGAAGGGAUCUGAGAAUGACAGACCUGAUUUCUUUGAAGACGAGCAGCUGUUUUUAAUCCUGGAGUUUGAGUUUGGAGGGAGUGAUCUAGAGAACAUGAAUGGAAAGCUAUCUUCUAUGGUCCAGGCCAAGAGUGUUCUACAUCAAGUUACUGCAGCUUUGGCUGUAGCUGAGCAAGCACUGUGCUUUGAACACAGAGAUCUUCAUUGGGGAAACAUCCUGGUGAAGAACAUUAAGCACAAGCACAAUGAGUUUAUUCUGAAUGGAACCGUGCAUUCCAUAGAGACACGAGGGGUUCACGUCAACGUUAUCGACUACUCACUCUCACGCCUGGAGAUUGAUGGACUGACGGUGUCAUGUGAUAUAUCUAAUGAUGAGGAGUUGUUUAUGGGUCAAGGAGAUUAUCAGUUUGAAAUCUACCGUCUAAUGAAGAAAGAAAACAAUAACUUCUGGUCCAACUAUAAUCCUCAUUCUAACGUGUUGUGGCUGCACUAUCUGGCUGAUAAACUGUUGAGCAUUAAAUACAAGAGCAAAGCCCAGAGCAACCAGCAGAGGACAUUGAAGAGCGCCCUCAAAUCUUUCCAGUCGGAGAUACUCAACUAUCCGUCAGCUACAGAAGCUCUUAUGAACUGCAAAUUAUUUCAGUGAAACAUUUCUGUUUUAAUUAACACGAUAGAUAGACCUGUAUAUUUCGAAAUGUCUAGUCCAGGGGACAGUAUUAUGAUUUUCUGUAAAAAGAUAUUAAAAACAAAUAAAGAAAAUAUGCAAUCAUGCAAUUUAAAAA